UGCUCUCAAUUAACAUUUCGUUUCAUCCCAUCACCUUGACAACUUCAAAAAAAAUUCUCUUCUUCUCUCAACUUCCGUACACCUCUCUCUCUCUCUCUCUCUCUGAAACGCUCAAAACUCACUCUCUGCAGUCUGCACCCAAAGAAAUCCUUUCUCUUUCACAAUUUCAUUUCAUUAAAUAUUCACUUAGCAAAACACACUUCUUUGUUUCAAUGAACCCGUCUUCGAUUCGCAAAUUAUUUUAGCUAUUUUUCCGUACGUUUUGUGGCGGGAAACAACGAACCCACCACCGAUUUGGUGUAAAUUUUUGAGAAAUAAUGGCGAACCCACCUGGGACUCAUCAAGAACACAGCAAUCCGUCGUCUGCUUUCAAUGGAACCAACGCGAAUUUGGUGGUUCACGAGCGGGCUGGUUGUGGUCUUAAACACAACCCUGGGAUUUCUAUGGACUGGACUGCUGAAGAACAUGCUAUUCUCGAAGAGGGGAUUCAAACAUAUACAUCAGAAAUUAGCUUAACUAGUUAUGCAAAGAUAGCUGUGCAUUUACCAAAUAAAACAAUUCGGGAUGUGGCACUGCGUUGCAGAUGGAUGACUAAGAAAGAAAAUAACAAGAGGAGGAAGGAAGAUAUAACAAAGAGAACCAGAGAUAGAAAGGAAAGAGUUAUUGAUCCUUCAGCAAAGUUGGGGCCUUUUGCAGUCCGACCCAAUGUUCAUUCAUAUGCGCCACCAACGAUGUCUACAGACUAUGAUGAAUCCAUUUCAUACCUAGGUCAGCGUUUGGACAUAUUUGCGGAUCUCUUCCACAGCUCUGAGUUAUUCUAGUAGCAUGGGAACAUU